AUGGAAACCAAUACUGGUUCCGCAGCCAGCUCAUCUGCCACGAAUAUAGCCGUUGAUCCGUCAACACUUUCAGACCUCACUCCCAUCGCUAUAGCAGCUAGAGGGAAAGAGAUCACAGGAUUGGAAAUCUUUCAAAAUACCACAGACAACAUCACGGCAGCCAGAGCAGAUCAGCUCGUUUCAGAUAUGAACGCGGACGAACCUUCUGGAGGCAUGGACAUGGCAUAUGGAAAUGAGGACGCCCAACGUCUCCGCUUUUCGAAGACCAUAUCAUCCAAGCCUUCAAUACUCAUCUUCGUUCAUGGCGGCAGCUGGCGAUCGGGGACAUAUUUGGACUAUUGGUUCGGUCAAGGCUAUGCCUUCGCCACAAUCAACUAUACGCUCAUUCCCUCCGUGACUGUAGAAAAGCAGGUGCAGGAGGUGGCCAAAUCCCUAGGUUACCUGGUCAAGAACGCUACUAGACUUGACUUUGAUCCCGAACGGAUCAUUCUAAUGGGACAUAGCUCCGGUUCACACGUCGUUACCCUACUUGGGACUGACUCAAACUACUUGGAGCGGGAAGGAAUCAGUAUCCACUUCGUGCGGGCCGUCAUCUCUUUAGACGGCUCGAAUUACAAUGCAGCAGCCGAGAUCGUCGAUAGUCCUGGUCCGGUUGCGAGAAGCACUAUCUACGGGUUAGGUCGUGAUUUAGAGCGACUAUGCGCUAUGUCGCCUACUUACUAUGCCCACGCGCCUAAUGCUGGUGCUUUUCUGCUCCUCCAUGUCCAAAGGCAGGGUGAUAUUCGCCAGGCAGUUGAGCUGGCGGCAGCACUAAAUGCUGCAGGUACCGACACUGCUGUGCAUGUGUUCGAGGGCGAAGGUUUCGAAGGCCAUGUACAGAUGCUGCUCCGGCUUGGCGAUCCUGCUUAUGCGGCGACAUUAGUAAUGGACAACUGGCCAAAGAUUCAUGUUCCGGUUAAUUAG